AUGAAGCUACACCCAGACUUCAAUGUCCAGUGGUGCAGAUCCAUCCUCAGUUCCAAUAUCUCAAAUCUUGUGAAUGGGAGGGAAGUCCUGUUAGACCCAAGCAGUCCGAUCUCCAACAGCAUAUUCACGCAAUCCCUCUACACAUCUUCCGCCAUCCGCGCACACCUGUCGUUCCAGCGGCCAACAUCCGAACCCGACUCUAUUGGACCCUUAGAGUACUGCUAUCUCCUGUCACUCGGCUCAGGGGUUGAUGGCAAAAGAGCUCGCGCCCAUGGAGGCUUCAAUUCUUUGAUUCUGAACCAUCUAGCAGGAAUGACGGCAUGCGAAGUGUUCGGGAGUGUGACAUUAGCAGCGGCAACUAUGAAGGUGGACUAUAAAGCGCCCAUCGAUACUCCAGGCGUAAUAUUUGCUCGCGGGUGGGCUGUGGCCAGAGAUGGACGGAAACUCUGGGUGAGAACAGACAUCGAGGACGCAAAAGGCCAGCUGCUUGCGAGAGCAAAAGUAUUGUUUAUCAACCAAAGGUCUGUGGUGCUUUAA